UUGAAGUUAUAUAUAGAAAGUUACUGCCUACGGGGUUUCGUGUCAGAUAAAUAUAAAUCGUAGCCUGUGAAACAAGAUGAAUGUGCCGGUAAUUAACUUCGCUAAAUGCGGUCUCGAUGUUGAUGAAUCGGAUUUAAAUGAAACAACAUUACAACAAGUUGGAACUGAACUUUAUCAUGCGUUUUCAUCAUCUGGAUUUGCAUAUCUGGCAGGUGCUGGUAUAUCGAGUGAAAACGUGAAGAAAGUAAUUGAUGUCUCUGGAAGAUUUUUUAGCCUAAGUCGAGAAUAUAAAGAAUCUUUUGCUAAGUCCGAUGUUAAUUUCGGUUAUGACAAAAUAGGUUUGACAAGAGGUAAUCCGAACCGACCUUACGAUCAUCAGGAAGGGUUUCAUGUUUCUGGAAAAGCUUAUGUAGACGAAGAAUUGGAAUGGCCAGAUGUUCCGGGCUUCAAUGAUGUUACCAUGAAAUUCGCCGGAAUAUGUAAACAACUCUCAAUAAGACUACUACGUGCUCUUGGAAAGGGCAUGAAACUAAAGGAUCCUCGCAUAUUGGAAAAAAGCCACAAGUAUUUAAAUAAUGCAGAUAAUCACACAUCAUUGAGAUUGAUUUAUUAUGGAGGAAUUGACCCGACGGAAACAAUUUUGCCAAAUCAGGCAAGAGUUGGAGAACAUUCCGAUUGGGGAACGAUAACGUUGUUAUUUCAAGAUGAUGUCGGAGGUCUUCAGGUCAGGUCAAAAGAGGGCGACUUCAUCGACGUCAAACCAAUAUCGGAUACAAUUGUUGUCAAUGUUGGCGAUAUGUUAAGCAUGUGGAGCGACUACGAUCUCAAGUCUACCGUCCAUCGUGUCAUAAUUCCGAACGCUCCAGAACUCCGAAGUAAAAUCAGAAGAUCAAUAGCUUAUUUUGUGAAUGCCGAUGACGAAACAGUUCUUUCGAAAUUUGAAUAUCAAUCAAUGGAAAAUGAAUCGUCGCACGAAAAAAACGAUAAAGUUGAAGAAACUAUGACUGCACUUGAUUUCAUAAGCCACAGAUAUAAAGUUUUUUUCACUUGAUGAAAAAAAAGAACAGAAGGUUUUGUUAUAUACUAAAAAAACUGUUAUAUCUGUAUACUACGCUGUUUUCUUUUCAGUUAGUAAAUUUGAACAACGAAAACUUUAUAGUAUAUAUAAACAUUUGGUAUAGGUCGAGGAAAUCGAACAGUAAAGGUUUUGUAAUUGUUUUGUAAAAACUAUUGUUGCUUGCAAAUCAAAAUCUAUGCUAAAGUCAACAUUGAAUUGAUUGUGAAUGAUUUAUGACCCUCUGCUUUGAUAAACUUUGUGAUACGUGGCAGAAGUAUGUUGGAUGUAACCAGUAUCGAGCAUCAUAUAUUGAAUAAGGUGAUAUCUUGGAUUGUACACGGUUUUAAACAAGCACAUUCAUAAAUUUCGCCUAUAUAAUUUGUAUAAUUAUUGGUUAUUGCCAACUAUUUUGAUUCUUCAAAUUUUACUUUUUAACUUUGGCAUUUUUGUUUCGUAAGUAUGAUUGUAAUCAUUUUUAUUGUUGACAGAUAUAUGUACGAAUAAAUACUUUCAUGAUAAAA